AUGGUUAGAUCACGAGAAAGAAAAUUAAAAGUUUUGAAAUAUUUAUUAGAAACAAAAAUGUUGGCUAAAGAGUCAAUUAGAAUGGAGAUGAGCGUGCAGUCAAUCUACGAGAGGGUCCGGUCACUGGCUUCCGGCAAUGCGGUGGUGAUCUUCACGCUCAGCGGCUGUUGCAUGUGCCACGUGGUGAAGCAGCUCCUCUUCGGCCUCGGGGUCGGCCCCACCAUCGUCGAGCUCGACCGUGACGCCCACGGACGCGAAAUUUACGACCUUCUCCUAAACCUGCCCGGGUCGGCUCCCGGGCAGCAGCAGCCCGUCCCGGCGGUUUUCGUGGGCGGAAGAUUCUUGGGCGGGAUUGAUACUGUGAUGGGUUGUCAUAUCAAUGGCACCCUCGUCCCUCUCCUUAAAGACGCCGGAGCUCUCUGGCUCUGAAUACCCUUUUGCAUUCUGCUUAAAAGAUGUCCGCCAUCUUUAUAACCCCUGCUUUGCUACUUAGUAUAGAACGUAUGUAGGAGGAUUAUAUUUUUUUGGU